GAUUCUUGUACGUGGCAAUCCCCUCGUCAUGAUUCGAGGGGCGCAGAUCUUAUGCUUGCUGGUGGGGGCCACUUCUAGACCAGAAGUGCGGGCACCAGCGUCGGUUCUUUUUGAAGACGGCUGUGAUGGCGGCGAAUGUGGCACCGCGCUGCUGCAAAGCAGCAUGCAAGGUCACCGGCAGGCAGAAUCAAAAGUGAAAAGGAAGGCAGCUGAAUCCGUCGAAGAGGCAGUGGUUUUCUGGGAGAACUUGACGCAGAUGCUCGAAAACGCCGAGCUGGCUUUCGACCGUCUGAAAGGGGCCAUGAAGACAGGCAAGACCUUGAGACUGCAGCUUACUUCCCAGGAGGACCCAAAACUCCUGCAACUUCUCCGGGGACAUGUGGAGGGUUUUGCCUUCUGUGACGCCCAGCUGCAGCAGAUUUUGAGCCACGCAGAGCGACUGGAGAGCAGCGCUCGGCAGUGGAUGGAGUUGCACCAGAGAUGCACCCACCAAGCAGAACUCUUCAAGCAAGACCCGGCAGAGCACCGUGAGCUGCAGGAGAAGGUGGCUGAGUGCACAGCGCUGAACCAAGUGCUGCGAACCACACAAUGUGCGCGGGCCACCCGCAUCAGCGGCAUGUGCGAUACCUACCAGACAUGCCGUCGCUCCGUUUCCCUGGCCUCCUCGCGUGCGCGGGCAACUGUGCAUCAGUCUUGGAGGGCCACGCAUGGGUCCAACAAGGCUCAGUGGGUUGUGGAAGCUCUUCGCUGCUUCGAAGAUCAGUGGCAGAGCGGAGUGCGAGAGCAGUCGGUUCUGCAGCUUGCACUCCAUAGCUGUGAGCACAAGGCUAAGGAGUUGUUGAAACACCAGGAUCCACCUGCACUUCACUGCAACCAAACUCUUCCGCAAGGAGUGCAGGGCUGCGAGGAUGUCUUGCAGCCUGCGCUGGGGUCGAUUUUGGACCGCGACUUGACCAAGGAAAUGGCCACGGGCGGCGUGUCCCUGAUGCAGGAGGGCAUCGAGCUGACGGAAGCGCCGGAAGAACCGCCGGCGCUGGUGGAAAUGCAGGAGGCUUUGGCGGGGCCGCUGGCCACGCCCAUCUGCAUGUUGGUGGCCUUUUUCACAUUGAGCAUGCUUGGUGUGAGAUGCUGGAUGACGACCAACCUCCGUCCGGGGCAAAAGGAUGCGAGUCCCAAAUCGGUGGAUGCCUGGUGCGUCAACAGCUUGGAGAAACUUGCCGAUGCAGAUCAGUGUUGGCUUUGUGGCGAGCUGGUGGUGCCCAAGAAGACCUCCUGCAGUAUCUUCGUGCCGAGUCAUCAGGGCUCCUGCUUGGUGACGGACAAGAUGGGUCAGAGCAUGUUCCGGACCAGCCGAGCUGAACUGGCGAACGGCGAGAUCCAGUUGGUGCUUAGCAGAUGUGGUGAUAGCGCCGUGCUGGCUACGGCCUGUCGUUGUCCACUGGGAAAGUCGACCAAGUCCUGGCAGAUCUAUCAAGGCAGCGGCGACGACUUGUUUGCCUCUAUGGAAUGGGAAGAAGUUCAAUCUUCCUGGUUCUCCAAAUCCUCGGGCGCCUUCGUGGUCCGCAACCAGCAGCGCUCCGCCCUGCUGCGCCUUACAGCGAGCCCCACAUCGCUGCAGCUCUGCGAUGCCUUCGGGCGCCCGGUGGCGGUGGCGAAGGGCGAUGCUGCCAGGGCUGAGGUGAGGAUUGAGGUGAGAAGCGACAGCAACACGGAUUUGGGUUUGGUGACCUUGGCAGCCCUGGCUAUUCAUCCCUUUGAUGACGCGACGGCACCAGCCCAACUGUAG